AUGUAUUACCUGGCUGUGCGUGCAGAUGGAGACGAAGCUAACUGGGGCAGAGGCGCCAGUCUCUCCCCGCUGCUGCGCUGGCGUCAACUGGAGCCAGAGAAGACUGUCAGUCUCCCUGUGUUGCUCAGGGAGGUGCUCAGGGAGGUGCUCAGGGAGGUGCUCAGGGAGGUGCUCAGGGAGGUGCUCAGGGAGAUGCUCAGGGAGGUGCUCAGGGAGAUGCUCAGGGAGAUGCUCAGGGAGGUGCUCAGGGAGGUGCUCAGGGAGAUGCUCAGGGAGGUGCUCAGGGAGGUGCUCAGGAUGAUGCUCAGGGAGGUGCUCAGGAUGAUGCUCAGGGAGGUGCUCAGGGAGAUGCUCAGGGAGGUGCUCAGGGAGGUGCUCAGGACGGUCUCUCUUCUACAGUAG